AUGAAACUCUUCACAGCUCUGACCUUGAUAUAUGCCACCCUGGCAGCUGCAGCACCUUCUCAUCUUCUCCUCAGAGACAACAAGCCACCCCCACCGAUGAUGCCUGUGUACAUAUCUGGUCUGCCUUCGGACAAUGAUGAGUCGAACAUGAAGUGUGGCUUUUUUGAGGUUAAACAGCGCGAUUUGAGACACGCCAUGGAAUGGGGUACCAACCUACGCAUAUCCAAGCACUAUAACGGAAAAAAUAAAUAUCCCCACAGAUGGCAGAAUGCGCGAGACGAUACCAUCGUCCCCUUGCCUCUCUUCCGGAUGAGUGGAAUCUGCAGCCCACCUGGUGGUGGUUGUUUCUUCGAAUAUCCUAUUAUCGAAGGCGGCUUUUACGCCGGAGAGGACGACACCUUGCUCUUCCGCGCAGUCUUCAUGAUCACGGACACAGACCCGUACAAACUCCAGGUUAAUUAUUGUGGUACGAUCUGGCGCAACAAAAAGGCGAAUGGUGGUUACCUGAGCUGCGACCUGGAGGACUUCUUCGCCCACAUGCCACUUGGGCGAGAAGAAGCCAACAUUAAAAGCUCUGUAGGAUCCGAAUCACCACGACGACAAGAUUUUGUGUAG